AUCACCGCCUUCGAAUCGCUAAAACCCCUCUACCUCUUGGCUGGCGGCCUCCUUCUCCCUCCCCUCGCGUCUGUGGCGGCUAUCCCUUCACUCUCCUCGCCUCGUCCCCCCCUCCCCUUCCCUAGGGUUUAUCCUCUACCACCACCUACCCACCGCCUCUCCCCGCCAUAGACAAGAAUUAUCUUAUCGAAUUAUUACAUCGGCCUUGGAUCCGAUUCAGGAGCAGCUGCGUGGUGGUGGUAGCUGCGGCAGGCGUCUGUCCUAGAUCGAAUUGACUCGGAGGGAAGAAGCCAUGGCGACAGUUGCUCCUGCCCCUACCGCUGCUGACCAGACCACCAAUCUCCUGCAGAAGCUGUCCCUGGAGAGCAAGGAUGGCUCCGAUGCUGCCAAGAAGCCUUCUGGGAUGCCAUAUGGAUCUGCCCAUGCUGGAGAUGCACAGAGCGCUGCUUCGCAGGUGGAUAGGUCGAUAACACCUCUACUACAAGAGGCCAUGGAUCCUAACUUCUUCUACCAGCCCAAUGCAUAUGCCUCUCCAGCCUAUUACUUUCCUAGUGGUUAUGAUGGCUCAGCCAAUGAAUGGGACUCAAGGUAUUCUGGUCAUGAAGGAAUGGAGAUGCCCCCUAGUGUGUACGGAGACAUGUACCAUGGAUAUGGCUAUGCUCCAUAUGGGCCAUAUCCUUCGGGUUCUCCUGUACCAACUGUUGGGCAUGAUGGCCAGUCAUAUGGCUCUCAGCAAUAUCAGUACCCAACUCAAUAUUACCAGCAACCAACCCCAACAAACGCAAAACAUGGUGUAAAUGUUGCCAGUUCUCAACCUGAACCGCCCUCUGUUGCUAGUCAGCAGGCACGAGUUUUGGUAGAUGCAACAAAAGCAACUCCAAACAUGAGUGCUAAUGGUAUGACAACUGCUCACAACAGUUCGCUGCCGCGUAAGCAAACCCACCUGAAUGUAUCAGUAGCAAACAAUGGUUCAUAUGGAAGAGGACCUAUGCAAGGCGGUGGACCUUCUGCAAGCAAUUAUGGUCACAAUGGUGUUCGUUCUCCAGCUCAAUGGUAUGAUGGUCCAGUUUACUCGAAUGGGCACCAGAUACCAACUGCUAGUUCCACAUCUUACCGUUCCAAUUCAUCUUCUACGAAAAGUCAGAGCCAGCGUCCAACAACAAACCUCAUGGGUAUACAUGCACAGAUGCCUUCGUCUGGAAUGGGUCUGACCUCACCUAGCUAUUCUUCUAGGAUGUACCCGGACAACAGAUUAUAUGGACAGUAUGGUCAAUACGGGAACACACUGAAAGGUGGCCUUGGUUUUGGAUCAAACAUGUAUAACUCGAGAAACAAUGGGAGGUGGGGAGUUGUGGAUACCAAAUACAAGCCCAGAGGGCGUGCACCUUUUGGUUUUAGUGGUGAGAAUCAAGAUGGCUUUACUGAGCUGAACAGAGGACCAAGGUCUGGUGGUUUCAAGCACCAAAAACAAUUCGGGCCUACUGUCACUAUUGCUGUGAAGGGCCAGGCCCUCCCUUCAGCGGGGAAACAGAACAGUGCUCUUCCAGACAAAGGCCAAUUUAACCAGGAAGGAUUUCCUUUAGCCUACAAGGAUGCAAAGUUCUUUGUAAUCAAAUCAUAUAGUGAGGAUGACGUGCACAAGAGUAUAAAAUACAAUGUGUGGGCUAGCACACCUAAUGGAAAUAAGAAGCUGGAUGCUGGGUACCGAGAGGCUCAGGAGAAAUCCAGUGACUGCCCAGUGUUCUUGUUUUUCUCUGUGAACACAAGUGGUCAGUUUGUUGGUGUUGCUGAAAUGGUUGGUCCUGUUGACUUUGAUAAGACUGUGGAGUAUUGGCAACAAGACAAGUGGAAUGGCUGUUUUCCACUCAAGUGGCACAUAGUCAAGGAUGUGCCCAACAACAUCUUGAAGCAUAUUACACUGGAUAACAAUGAUAAUAAGCCUGUGACAAACAGCCGUGACACACAAGAGGUUAAGCUGGAACAAGGUCUUGAGAUGUUAAAGAUUUUCAAAGAACAUGUUACUAAAACAUCAAUUUUGGAUGAUUUUAGUUUUUACGAGAAUCGCCAAAAGUUGAUGCAGGAAAAGAGGGCAAAGCAGCAACUGCUUCAAGGCCAGGGGGGCGAUGUUUCUCAAGAAAAGGACAAGGAUGCAACCAAUGGCAAACCAGGGGCACAGAAACAUGCAUUGAGCAAGGAAGGCAUUCCUGCUGAGGCGGCGGCUAAUGCCUCCAAACCUGUAGCUGAAAGUGGCAUAUCAAAUGGCAACUGAGCAUCAUGUAUACUGGUCGCCUUAUCCGUGCAUAUGCUGCAGGUUUUGUGGUAUCUGCAAAUCAAAACCUAUUGUUUCUGCCUGAAUUAUAGACUUCGUUUGGUACUGGAGUUCAGCUCAUCAUGGGAAUGAACCAGAUUUUACUUAUUUUGUCUGUUUAUUAUUAGUUGUGUGACUGGUCUUUGGUGUCUUGGUACCCGUGUUAGGCUUCUUACAUACCCUGUGACACCUGGUUUGUUGUAACCCUUGCUUUUUUUUUUCCCUUUUUGUUUUAGCUCUAUUAUUGUUAGCGAGGCAGCCGAUUUCCUAUACUUCGAACAACAUUAAGGUAGUUUUUUUUGGCGUGUUGCGGUACUGUGGAGAGUAAUAAAAGACAAAAAAGACUCUAGGUUUAAUCCAUUUUAUCCCCA